CCACAGAAUACCACUUUAGGUGGUAUUUGUUUUAAUUAAUUAAUGAAAGAAAAAAAAGUAAGAUCUUAUAAGAAAAAGAAAGAAAUUAAAAUACUACCUGAACAAUUUCACGGUGAAGGUCAAAAUGGUAAAUUGUUAAAGCUGGGCGCAUUAUUUUAGACCAGAGUGACACAUAAUGCCACCAAAAACUCUAUUCACCUUCACGCGAGACACCCGCUCUAAAAACCAAAAGCCCAGACUGCUCCAUUUUCAGAGACACAAACAGGCACACUCUUCGCAUUGUCAUCGCAAAAUGUCAGCCAAAGGAAAGGAGGUUGCCACCGGCAGUAAGCGGAAGCACAGCGAUGGAGACGGCAGCGGUGGUGGUCGGAAGAGGAACAAUCGCGCUGUUCUCCGGUUCUUCGAAGAUUCAGCUGAUCUUGACGAGGAUGAGGAGGAGAGCGAUUUUAGUGAUCUCGAGGAGGAAGAACCUGACAUCGAGCUGAAACUCAAGAAAGAACCAGCAAAAACACCAAACAUUCCUUUUGUUCCCAAGGAGGAGGUAAUGUAUGAAGAAGAAUUUGAUAAGAUGAUGGAGGAACGCUACAGGGAUGGUUCUACUUUUGUGAGAUAUGCUGAAGAUGUUUAUGAGGCUAAAACAGUGGAAAGAGAUUCGAUUCUUACCUCUUCUAGGGAUCCAAUUGUCUGGAAGGUCAAAUGCAUGGUAGGACGCGAGAGGCAUUCAGCUUUCUGCCUUAUGCAGAAGUUUGUUGACUUGAAAUCUCUAGGUACCAAACUGCAAAUAAUUUCAGCAUUUUCUGUUGACCAUGUGAAGGGUUUUGUUUUUAUUGAAGCUGACAAGCAAUGCGAUAUUAAUGAGGCUUGUAAAGGGCUUUGUAGCAUAUAUUCUACCAGAGUGGCACCAAUUCCAAAAAAUGAAGUUUCCCAUGUGCUCUCUGUUCGAAGUAAAUCUAAUGCAGUUAGAGAGGGCAUGUGGGCCCGUGUCAAGAGUGGAAAAUAUAAGGGGGACCUUGCACAGAUUGUCACUGUAAACGAUGCACGGAAAAGAGCAACAGUGAAGCUUAUUCCUAGAAUUGAUCUACAAGCAUUGGCACAAAAAUUUGGUGGGGGAGUUUCUAUGAAAAAUGCUGCCACACCUGCUCCAAGAUUGAUCAGCUCAAGUGAACUCGAGGAGUUCCGACCCCUUGUUCAACAUAGACGUGACCGUGAUACUGGACUGUUUGUUGAGGUUCUUGAUGGUCUGAUGCUCAAAGAUGGAUAUUUGUAUAAAAGAGUUUCUGUAGAUUCAUUGAGCUGCUGGGGUGUUGUGCCAUCAGAAGAGGAGUUGUUGAAGUUCCAGCCUUCUGAGAAUACAGAGUCUGACAACACAGAGUGGCUUAAGCAGCUUUAUGGUUCACCAAAGAAAAAACGGAUAAUUGGAAUUGAUAAAGGCGGUGAGAAAGGGGAGAGCUCAUCAGGGUCUGGCAUACAACAUAGCUUUGAAUUAUAUGAUCUUGUGUGUUUUAGCCGCAAAGAUUUUGGUGUUAUCAUAGGCAUGGAAAAGGAUGACUAUUACAAGAUUCUAAAAGAGGGACCAGAGGCACCAGUUGUGGUGACUGUUGCACGGAAUGAUAUAAAAAAGGGGCCCUCUGAUAUGAGAUUUACUGCUUUAGACCAUCGCACAAAAAUUAUAUCAGUUAAUGAUAUGGUCAAGGUGGUGGAAGGUCCAUUAAAGGAUAGGCAAGGAACUGUUAAGCAAAUCUAUAGAGGAAUUAUUUUUAUGCAUGAUCAGAAUGAGACAGAAAAUGGUGGUUAUUUCUGUUCCAAAGCUCAACUGUGUGAGAAAAUCAAGCUUUCUUUUGAUGUGUGCAAUGAAAAGGGUGGUGAAUCAAGCUCCUUCAGUUUUGAAGAUAUUCCAUCAUCUCCCAAAUCUCCUCUAUCACCUAAAAGACCAUGGCAAACAAAGGACAAUAACUGGGACUUCAACCGAGGGGAGAAGGACGGGAUGUUCUCCAUUGGUCAGACCCUGAGAAUUCGAGUAGGACCUUUGAAGGGGUACCUUUGCCGCGUCUUGGCUAUACGUUAUUCUGAUGUUACUGUGAAGGUUGAUUCUAAGCACAAAAUUUUUACAGUUAAAUGCGAGCAUCUCUCUGAGAUUCGUGGGAAAAGCUCUGCUACACCUUUGAGUGAGGAUCCAGGAUCCAGUUCUUUCAAACCAUUUGAUCUACUUGGAACUGAAGGUGGCUCUAAAGGUUGGACAGAUGGAGCAGGAACAUCAGCUGAUGGUGAUAGGUGGAAUGCUGGAGGAAUUACCGCAGAAAGUAACUCUUGGUCCAGCUUCCCCUCUUCAGGCUUAAAGCUUCAACCUGAACCCGAUUCAUCAGGUUCUGCAGGUAAUGAUGUGAAGGAAGAUGCUUGGGAGAGGAAGGUGACUUCAAACCAGAAUUCAUCUUGGGGGGCAGCUGCAGCUGCAGCUGCUGACAAAGUGGUAGAUAAUAAUGAUCAAGCUCAUGGUUGGGGAAAGAGUGAGGAUGGCUGGAACAAAACAUCCACUAAUAUAGAGUCUAGCGGAGGUACCUCUGGAGGCUGGGGUAAAGCUGCAGAUUCUUCAAAAGAUUCUGGAGACGGAUGGGGUCAAGCAAAACUUGAUCCUGGAAAUUCUACACUGGAUGCUGCAGCAGCUUGGAACAAAGAAAAAAAUGUUGCUGAAAAUCCAACCAGCAGUUGGGGGGAUGUGGCUACUGCAAAAAAUCAGCAAGACUCUUGGACCAGUAAAGAUACUGUAGAAUCAAGAUCCUGGGAGAAGAGUAAAAGCUUUACUGCAGGUGAAGACAACUUGAGCAAGAGUACUGGGUGGAAUCAACAGAAAUCUCAGAACAAAUGGGAUACUUGGAGAAGCACUGCAGAAGCCCAAAAUAAAAACACUGUUCAAGGAGAUUCUUGGGGUAAAGCUAAAGACAGUUCAGUUGGAGGUAAAGUAGACUGGAAAAGUUCAACUGCUACAGCCGAAAAGCCAACGAAGAGUUGGGGCAAUGAAGGUGGUAGCUGGGCCCAGGAAUCAAAAAGCACUGAUGAAGCAAGUGACUGGAUGAACGGCAAAGUUGAUGGUGCGAAUCAAACUGCAAAUUGGAGUAACCAGAAAAAUCAGAGUGAAGAUGCAGCUGGUUGGACUACAGGUGGAUCCGGCAGUCAAAGUCAGACUGAUAAUUGGAAUAAACCAAAGAGCUCUGGGGCUGAUGGGGGAUCAUCUUGGGGUAAACAAGGAAAACCAGAGACCUUUGAUGCUGAUGGGGGCUCUUCUUGGAAUAAGAAAGGGGAGUCCUCUUUGGAAAAACAAGAGGGAGGUUCCUCUUGGGGUAAACAAGGGGGAGCUUCUUCAUGGGGUAAACAAGAGGGGGGUUCCUCUUGGAGUAAACAAGAUGGAGGGUCUUUUAAUAAAGUGGAUAGAUGUCAAGACUCUGGUGGUUGGAACAAGUCAUUUGAUGGAGGUCGUGGGUCAGACGGGAGGAGGGGAAGAGGAGGUGGUCGGGGAGGUAGAGACCAAUAUGGCAGAGGAAGAUCGUUUGGUGCUGGUCAGUCUUCAGACUGGAACAGAGGAGAAGGAAAUAAUUGGACUGGUGAUGGAACAUCAAAGAGUCCACCUGCUUGGAGCAAUGAUCAAGCUGGUGGUUGGGGUAAGAAACCAAAUACUUCUUGGGGGGACAAUGGACCUGGAUGGAACAAAAGCCAUGGAGCUGAUGCCAAGAUUGGUGAAAGUGGGGACAAAUGGAACUCCGCAAACCUCCCUUGUGAAGUUGCAAAGCAGUCGGACUGGCUUGCUUCUAAAACUUCCAAUUCGUCCAGCUGGGAUAAUGGAGCUGGUGAUGGGGAUGAUACCCUGCCUUCUGGUUGGGGCAGUAAUCCUGAAUCUUCUGGGCAGAAGUCUAACUGGAAACAGAAAUCUGAUGAAAUUGCAAAGGAGAGCGAGCAUAAAGAUCAAGGAGAUGGUUGGGGACGUGGGAAAGCUUUUGAUGGAGGGUCAGCAAAGGGAUGGGGUCACAGUGCAAGCUGGAAAAGUGAAUCAAUUGAUGCAGGUAAAAGUCAUGAUUCUGAAUGGGGCAAAAAGGGAAACUGGAACUCUGCAUCUGGUGAUUCAGGUGGAAAUGCAGGCUCUUCUUGGGGUAAGAAAAGCAAUUGGAACUCUGGAUCCAACAAUGGGGAUGGGAAUCAGGAUUCAGGUUGGGGCAAUAAGAGCAGUUUAAACUUAGAAUCUGGUGAUGCAAACCAAAGUUCUGGUUGGGGUAAGAAAAGUAACUGGAACUCUUCUUCUGGUGAUGGACAAGGCUCUUCUGGUUGGGGCAAGAAAAACAGUUGGAACCAGGAUUCUUUUACUGCCAGUGGUGAAGAUCAAAGUGAGGUUUCUGGUGAUAGAGCAGGUGGUGGGAGUUGGAGGGGUGGUUUCAGAGGUAGAGGUGGUUCUGACAGAGGAGGCUUUAGAGGGAGAGGAGAGAGAGGAGGUUUUGGAGGUAGAAAUGGGUCAGAGAGAGGAGGCUAUGGUGGUAGAGGAAGAUCUGACAGAGGGGGAUUCGGGGGUAGAGGUCGGUCAGACAGAGGAGGUUUUGGAGGUAGAGGUGGUUCUGACAGGGGAAGUUUUGGAGGUAGAGGUAGAUCGGACAGAGGAGGAUUUGGCGGCAGAGGGAGGAGGGAUAAUAGCAGUGAUUGGAAUAACAAUGAUUCUGGUGAAGAUAAGGCCUUUGACUGGAAGAAUGGGGCAAACAACAGUGGAGGAUGGAAAACUAGUGGUGGAGGCAGUUGGAAACAAGGAGGAGAUGAUAAGGGCCAAUUUGAGAGUUGGAAUUCUGGAAGUGGUGCAACGGGAAAUCAACCUGGUGGUUGGAGUAGUCUGGGUUCUGGCUGGAAUCAAUCAGCAAAGACUGGAGGCAGUGAAGCUGGUGGUUGGAACAAGGGAGGUGAUUCAAAUAGUGAAGCUGCUGGGAAGGCAGGUAACAACUGGAACUCAGAUUCUUCUGGUGGUGGUCGGAGGACUAGCUGGAAUCAAUCAAGUCAGGAAGGGAGAGUUUCUAAUGAUGUAGGUGACGGCUGGAAGAAAGAACAGGAUUCUAAUGCUCAGGGUCAGGGUGGUGGCUGGGGUAGCCAAGGGGGAUGGAGUAAAGGAGCUGGUUCAGGAAAUACAGACACAAGUGGAGAUCAGGUUAAGAUUUGGAAUUCCUCUAGCGGAGGUCAAUCUUCUGGAUGGAGUCAAUCGAAGGAGGCAAAAGAAGGAACUAAUGCUGGUGGGGAACCAACUGAUCCAUGGGGUAAAGCAUCAGCGAGCAAUUGGGGAAACAAGGGAGAUGGUGGCAGUAGCAAAGGUGGUUGGUAGUGUAAUUAACCUUAACAUUAGUCUAGUUAUUUAGGAUGCUGAAGGUUAUUUGAAGCUGUACAUACCCUUUUGCACAAAUUAUGGUCUGAUUCUGCACAAGGCCUGAAUUUUCCUUUUGAUAUUUUGGACCCUGGUUCUCUUGUGCAGAACUUGUCUGGGCAUGUUUCAGGGAGCAUCUGUUUAUAUAAUCAGAUAAUAGCAGACUGUUUUAGGCAUUGGAAAAUACAAAACAAAACCAAAAAAAAAAAUGCUUCAAAUAUUUAUUUCAGCAAUUUAUGCUUUUGCUUU